AUGGCAGGAACCGAUUCCUUGACCCCGGACAACGUCCUAGACCUCGCAGCCAAAGCUCUCAGCAACGGCCAGCCGAGUCUCCAAACACCAUAUGAAGCCGUGGCUCUGAUCGGCCAUGCCUGCAUGGCAGCGGUGGACUUUCGGCUAGUGGGACUUGGUGAAGACCACAACUUAGAUUCAUCAACAGAGUCCCCCGCCCUCCCCGCCGAAUGGAAUGCCAACUCCACCUUUGCCUUCCGAUAUGCGCACCCGCAAUCCUCGAUGCAAUACUUGCUCAAAGUGAGCCGUCUCGGAAAUAAUGCCGUGGUCUUCGCGCUAGCCCUGGGCGAUGACCGCACCAGCUCCUUCGACAUCCCCACCAAAGACUACAUCUCCGCAUCUGCGCUGCCACUCUCACAAACCGAAAACCUCACCGGUUCCCUCCGCGACGUUUUCAUAUCAACAGCUCGUCUAAAUGACCUGAUCGGGCUGUUCAAGAUCAAUGUUAUACAGAAGCUCGCGCCAGGAAUAUACAAGGAAGGCUACGAGGAUCCGAGUCGGGCCACACGGGAACAACCCGAGGCCUCGCGCCAGCGCGAUCGCCUUCGCGAUGACUCCCUUCCUCAACCUGCGCGCCCAUAUCCAUUUGAAGAUCCUCUAGCCACUGCGCCCCGACAACCAAACCCGGCAGGCGAUUUCGCUCCCCCAGGGUUCGAGGAUGAGUUCGAGAUCAACCGUCCACCACGUGGGUUCCCACCCGGCUUCCCUGGCGGUCGAAACCCGUAUAACAUUGGCGAGCGUGAUCUCUAUCCUGCCGGUCUAGGACCGAAUGAUCCGCUACGUGGAACGAUGGGUCCGGGCUUCGGUAGCGGUGGUGGUAUGCAUCCAACCUUUGACGACCCCCUCUUCGGAGGCACUGGUGGUGCGGGUGGUGGUUAUGAUCCUCGUGCACCACCUGGAGCGCGCUAUGAUCCGCCCGGACCUGGCUUUGGGCCUCCGUCCGGCCGAGGACGAGGACCUGGUGGAGGCGGCUUUGGUGGAUUUGGAGGUGGGUUCGGCGGCGACAUUAUCUAA